UAUGGAAGUAGCCGUGGAAGUGGAAAGGAUUAAACUCGCUUAAUCUUGGCAGGAUAUUGAACUUUCCUUCAAUUUUUUUUUAAACCCCUACUCUUCUGUGCUGGUGAGACAGGUAUUAAAACGAAGCCAGGCUUUGCGGCUGCUCUUCUGUUAGUGCCCCCCGUAUGGAGGAUGAGGAGGAUGAUGUGUUUGAGCCAGAUCCCAGCUGCUGGCGCACGCCCUUCAGAGAGAUAAAGUGUGAAGAUCGGGGCACACAGACGCCCAGUCCUGGCCUGGCACCGCACAACGGUAUGCUGCCCUGUGGAGUCGUGGAGGAGCCCAGACCACUAUUCUACGGUAACGCAGGUUUUCGAUUGCACUUCCCAGCACAUUUCGAGCUUGUCAGAGAUUUUGACGCGAGGCGACCAGAGGAGCAGAACAGGAUGGAGCAUUUACCCCUGGACCAGCCAGCUGCACUCAGCUUGGAGGCCUGCAUUGGGCAGAAACUUCAGCUGAUAGGCGACCAGUUUCACCGGGAACACUUACAACAGCCCACAGAUUCAGGACAGCCCUUCCCCCACCUAGCCCACCGGCACCAGGCCCUUACCCUGCCUCCUCUUCCUGUUUAUUUCUCUCUCCUUUCCCCUGUUUCCCCAGUAUGCUGUGAAGGCAAGUGGCAUAGAGGAUCCCUCACUCAAACAAUACAAGCUGUCCACAUAGUGUGCGCUGCUUCUGCAUGGGUAUCAUCAAAACCAAAGGAAUCAGGGGCCGCUGUGGUGGCGCAUGACUGCAACUAUUCUCAGCCUCCUGUUUGAUAGGAGGUUCAUUGCUGGAGGAGGUGGAGCAGGACAGAGGUGAAGGGGGAUCUUCCCCUUAUGUCCUUUGUCUUCAUCUAUGCUGAGCUGGAAGCUCCUGAAGGCACUGUUCAAUCUAACACGGGUCUGUUUGAGGGGAAGAAAGAAAGUGAGGCAAAAUGAUCACCGCGGGACGGCGACAACCAAAUUUUAUACAAGUUUUAAAAGAAGAUGCCAUGAUGCUCCAGCAUUGUCUAAAGGAUAAUGUUCAUAUUUUGGCCUACAUGCCAUGUAGUCGUCUUGUACAGUAUGUUGUUCUUGUAAUUUUUUUUUUUUUUUGCACUUCAACAUGUAUCCUUCUUAAAAGACCUGGCCUCUACACAUCCUGGGAAUGCCUUAGUCAGUGUCUUCUGCCAGAAGGAGAAUAGAGCGUUUCUUGACAAGCAAGAUGAGAUGGUUCGGAAAUGAAAGGAAAUGUGGUGCGACAGAUUCUUUUCUGAAGUCCCCCAGGUGACCAGUCAAGUUGAUUUAUUUACUUCCAAAGAGGCCACUUCUCAGAACAAAGCAUUUUGCACCUCACCUCAAUGGAACAUUUAUCUAUUUAUCUUUUCUACGUAUCUUUUCCCUCUAUUUUCUGUGCUUUGAUGUUAAGUUUGACCCUUCAUCUUGUAGAAUUUCAGGAAUGAGGCAAAGUUUUUGUACAUAAAAGGAUUGGCACACUGAACUGGUUUCAAAGAUUAGUCAUGUGCUACAUGUCAAACAUUUGGGACUUUUUGAAGUUUACGAGGGGUGGACUUGGCUGUGCUGAACAACUCCACCUGGUUAAACGAGUCUGGUUAGUGCCAGCAGAUCUAACAAACAUAAAAAAAAACAACUUUAGAUCAAAAUCAGACCUCAUGCAGAUGAUUUCACUUUUGUGUUUUAAGAAAUGACAAGAUAAUUGAGCAUUAAAAGCAGUUCAUUAGUAGCUAAUUAUCACCAGUCGUAAAAAUCAGUUAAAUCUUGCUGGAGUGUCAGGCAAAUGAUUUAACAGACAGCAUUUGUUAACGUGAUUUUGGAUCUUGUCUUGCUGUUGCUUGUAGCAACAAUAAUUAUUUCUGUGUUGUUCUAAUUGCGUAGAUAUGUUCAGAGGCCGUUUUUGCAUGAAUACCUCCCUGGUGGACCCCUACCUUCUUUAUUACCCUCACCACCCUUAUGAACGCAAUUCUAAAAAAACAUCUCAGAAAGGGCUAAAAUGAUAUGUUUCCCUUUGAUUGGACAUUCAGAUUGAAAGUAGAAAACAUGCUUGCAGUGCAACUGACAUUACUUUGUUUUUAAAUACUGAUGGCACCCUCCAGGUCAUGUCAGCCUGACCGGAGAGCAAGACUACCCAAAUAAAAACUGCCACUUGGUAUGUUAGUUAUUGAAUAGGCUUGUUAUCUGUCUGGUUUUUAACAUUUUUACAUCUUAUAGCUGUGUGGACAGCUAAGAUAUAUCUGAGAUGUAGCACACUGAGUAGAUAUUUACAUUAAACUCAUAGGGUGUUGACUUUUACUUGUAUAUAAAAAAUAUUAAAAGUCUUGCACCAUGCACUAAAUUAGAGCAAACGAAUCAAGCACACUGUCACACUGUUUAAUAGUUUACUUUUUUUUUUAGGUUUCAUUUCACCACAUAUUCUAGCCUUGUUCCCAGCAUUGCCCCUUCAUUUUUAUGUGUUCUUUUUACGUGAUGGUUUUCAGACCUCCAUGCCCUUCAAGUGGAGCUGUGGAUCCACUGUUUUUGCACUAGACUUCCAGACAUUUAGGAGUUCAGAUUGUUCCCGAGCUUACCUCCUUCUCGUAUGGUUUCUCAGUCACGGCUUGUUUCCUUGCCACCACAUUUCAGAUGUAUUCACUCAUACGGCCAAGAAAAACAAUCAGUAUUGAGGCCUGACUGCCUGAGCAUAGAUUUGACAUCUGUUCAGGGGAUCUUACUCACCAGUUUUCAGGAUUUCAGUUAAGCGAGAGCAACUUUUUCACAGAAGACCAGCACUGAACACCAAGUCAGAAUGGCAUAACCAGUCUGUGAAACAAAAUCUCCCCCUCUCAGGAUACCCUGGUGCAGUUUCACAUCAUUUGAUAUUAUGUUGGGUGAUCUUACAUUGUCUGUGGUACUCAGAGAUUUGGGACGUGGGUACACAUAUAACCACCACUGGCUCAGCAGACCUAGUGUCUCUGAAAAGAAACAAAAGUGAAAAAAACUGUAAUUGUUGUUGUUAAAAUAUUAAUACAUAUAAAGACACUGUUAAAGAUGUUGUUUAUGUUUUUUUUUUACGUUUAUUAUUUUCAUGCUGAAUCUUUUGGACCCAAGGAGCAGUACAUAUCAGGGUCUAUAAUUACUUGCUCCUUAUUAUGUAUCAAGUUUAUCACUGCAUAAUUAGUGUCUUGUUUUCUCUUUAAGAUGUCUCAGGGACAGACUUUUUGGGCUACUGGUAACCUUGAGAAUCUGUUACAUGUUUCAGAGAAAAAGCAGUGUUGUCACCCAUUUAUUUAUGUUGGCACCUCUUGAGGUGUUGAGUCUUCUGUAUUGUCAUUUCAUUUAGAUUUCUUGCAGUCUAAUUCCUGGCACACACCCAUAGGUACAGUUUGAGGAGUCUGAGGCUGACUUGCUGAUGGUAACAGGGGCUCCUGAGUUUGCAGUCAGAGGUGAGAGUGGUGCACUAAGUGUGAUAAUAGUUUCCUGCGGAUCCUGAACGCUGAGCCAGUCCCUGUAGUGCCUUGUCUCACCAUCGGCUCUUGACCUUCUACUCCUGCUGCUCCUGCGUGACAUAGUUUUUGUUCAGUAGUUCAUUUAAUUUGUAAUUUAUUUUUUUUUCCUUUUUAAUUUAUUUUUGGUAUGUUUUACCAAUUUCUACUGUAUACACUUGUGUGUGCAAUCACCUCUUCCUCUUUCUGCUUUGUUAUUGGACUCGAAAUGGUUCAGCGUCAGAGUAAUUGUGCCUGAUUUUUUAGACUUUUAUUGUAUCUCUCAUUUCUCAUAGCCUGUAAGAAAACGCUCUGAGGCCCUCUGAGUUUGUUACGCAACAGAGUGCACAAUCUCUGCUACUUUCCACUUGCAGCCAGAACAGAAGUUAGUAUUCGUAUUUUGUUGUAUGUUGUUGCCAAUAUGAACUAUGAAGAGAGAAACUACAAACCUGCAAGCCCGUAUGAAUGUGUCCCACUCAAAGGAGGAAUAUGGUUGUGGGUGGGGUAAACUCAACAUUUUCAAUUUCUUUGAAACCUUUAUGAUUUUUUGGGUCCAAAAAUGCAGUAGCUUCAAUGCAGUUCAAUUAAUCUCUUAUAAAUAAUUAGUCAUCACACAUCUUACCCAUCUCCAAUGAUACCCAGAAAACUGGGAAAUAAACAAUAAGGUUACCCAUUUACACAAGUCUCAGAAUGUUUGUUCCUUAAUCCCAAUCAUUGUUUGUAAUCAUUAUGCACUGGAAAGUACUUUGUUUCUGUAAAUCCCAGUAGUGUUUUAAUGUAUAGUAUAAACUCUGGAUUGUUCUCAUGGGCUAAUCUGGCUGUGUGUCAGCUGUAUCUCUGUGCAUUAUUUGGUCCAGAAGGUUCAGGUUUAAUAGUCUGAUGAUUUUAUUGAAAAGGGAAACAAGCCACCAUGGUGUCCUUAUACUUUAUUUUAAGUGGAAGUUUCCUGAACUGUGCUCACCACAUUUCGUGAGUGCCGAGGUCCAAGUGUUGGACAGGUACUUUUUGGAAACCAUGAGUGUCUUGAAUUUUGUUUUCCACUUUAUACAAAAUGGAAUUAGCUUUUUUUAAGAAUAUUUUGCCUGUUUUUUAAAGUAACAUUUAUUCUUUGGGGUCUUUCUUAACUUUUAAAAUUGUAUUUUCUGAAGAAAAAGUGUCUUUUUUUGUAAGGACAGUUCAUUCUUGUAAUAAUAAUUUUUAAUACAAGUGGGAUCAUUUUUAAAUCAGUGAGAUCAAAAUCAUUUUUUUUUAAAUGAACUCUGAACAUUCCUUGCACAUCUUUCUAUCAUGUAAUGAACCUGGGCCAAGCAUUAUACAGUUUGAUUGACUUGACUAAUGAGCUUGUUUGUAUAAAAUGUUUGCCCUUCUUUACAGAACAGAUAGCUGACCAUAUAUUUCUAAAAAAAAAAAAAAAACCCUGGAAUAUGCCUUUAACUGCUCAGUUUCAUUGAAGUCUUGAUGAUCACACACUCUCUGUAUACCAAGAAAUGAGACCCAGCGAAAAUGUAGCAUUUUUGUAAACAUUGACUGUGUGUUUUCGAGACUCUACUGUGCACUCUUUUUAUUUUGUGUUUAUAUAUAUUUUUUCUGGUUGUUAAUAUUCAUAUGGAAGUAAAGACAAUUUGUUAUGUAGUGCAAUAUGCUGUAUAUACAGAGUUUUGCUCUACAAAUUUUUUUCUGGAUUUCUUGUUGCUUAUUGGUACUUUUUUCAAUAAAAUCUUAUGGAAGUUUUGAAA